AGCUGCUGCCUAUGGUGGUUUCUCUUCUUUAUUGUUUCUGAAUCUCCCGUGCGGUUCAUCCUGUUCUUUGCGAUUCCACGAGAACCGAUCAAAUUACAUUGGGAAGAAAUUUGUUUGUUGCGGCAUGGAAUAUUUCCGAAACAACACCCAACUGUGAUGUUGAAACCGCGAUCAGUAUUGGCGCACGCAUACUGUUUGAUAAAAUGCCUGUGGACCGAAUGAGUGGAUUGAAUUGUAAUUAUUAUAUCUUGGGACCAAUUAAGGCUUACGUUUCCCUUUUCUUUUUCAUUUUUUGGUGUUUGCGUGAUUUCAAGACUAGAGGAGUUUUGGAAAGCGACGAUGGAGAGCAACGAGGAUGAGGUUAAGAAUGAGAGAGUGGUGGAAGCGAGAGCCAGGAAUAUCAGCCACAACGUGAGGUGUACCGAGUGUGGUAGUCAGUCCAUUGAAGAUUCACAAGCCGACAUUGCGAUUCUCCUUCGUAAGUUAAUUCGAGAUGAAAUCCGAUCCGGGAAAAGUGACAAAGAGAUCUUCAAUAAGCUGGAGGAUGAAUAUGGAGAGACAGUGCUUUACACCCCGAAAUUCGAUAUCCAAACUGCUGCUCUGUGGUUGUCACCUUUGUUGGUUGCUGGUGCUGCUGGAGGAAUAUGGGCUUUCAAUAGGUACAGACAAAAGACCAACGUGCAUGUGAUGGCUUUAAACCUCAUUAGAGGUGUUCCAUUAACGCCAAAGGAAAAGGAUACUAUGAUGGAGGUUCUCAUACCGCCCCCUUCUCAAGGAAAAACCUUGUGGUGGCAAAAGUGGAACUCUCAAUGAUGCGCAAACACAUACUAUACGAUUGAAUGAGCAUAUCAUCAAUCUAAAACUGCUAAUGGAUGACCCUUCAUUUGCAGAUAAGCUAUCAUAAUGUACUUAUAUAUUGAUACUAGAGGAAAAAGAUUUCUUGUUGAGUUCAUGCUGCAGAACUUCUCGAAUUCAUGUGAUGCAAUAAAGCAAGUACCCUUUUUAUAGCAUCUGUGCGAAAAAAACUUAAGCUUGCUUUUGUCCCUACUAAUUAUAUUGUUUCUUUAUUACUU